AUGACUACGUUUGGAAGAAUCGAGCCCUUCGAAGGAGGGGGAGACGAGUGGCCGUCCUACGUUGAACGACUGCAGGCGUUUUUCAAGGCAAACGACGUUGGAAAUGAUAAGAAAAGGGCAAUUUUCUUCAGCAGCUGUGGUCAGAAAACUUAUUCAUUGCUUCGCGACCUACUCAAGCCGGCAGCGCCACAGGACAAGUCGCUGGACGAGGUACUGGAAGUUCUUGGGAAACACUAUUGUCCGAAGCCAUCCGAGGUUGUCCAGAGGUUUCGCUUCAAUUCACGAGUUCGAACGAAAGGCGAGUCCGUUAGUGACUUUGUUGCGGCAUUGAAGAGCCUUUCCGAACAUUGCAGUUUCGGCAGCGAACUUGAGAACAUGUUGAGAGACCGUGUUGUUUGCGGAAUUGAUAAUCAAGAAAUUCAGACUAGGCUCUUGGAGCAACCCAGCCUCACGUUCAAAAGUGCAGUGCAGACUGCUUUGGCCAUGGAAGCGGCGAAGAGUGACGCCGGAGAAAUUUGUCAAGCGAGUACAAGUAGUUCGUUUCCGACGCAUCGUGUCGUGUCCGUUGGUGAAGUCACCUGUUUUCGUUGUGGUGAUGGACACCUGGCAAAUCAGUGCAAAUACGCUAGUAGCAUUUGCAAUUUCUGUCGCAAACGGGGGCAUCUGGCGCGGGUGUGUCAUUCAAAGCAUAAGAAGAACACUUCUGCCCACAAGCAUUUCCAAGAGCCAGCAGGCCGAAGAUCAUCUCCGAAGGGUCUACGUGUGAAAAAGGUUAAGACCUUUGGUCAACGCCUGUUUCCCGUGAACGCAGUUGGGGAAGAUGAGGAUGUUGAGACAUCGUCGGAAGUGUUUGACAUGUGGCAUCUGUCUGACGACGCGUUGUCGCCACCACCGCCGUUCACCGUUGUGGUCAACGUCUGUGACAAGCCACUGCCUAUGGAAGUGGACACGGGAGCGAGUGUGUCCGUGAUGUCCAAGAACACCUUCCAGGAACUUUUACCGGAUGUAACUGUCAAUCCGUCGAAAGUUUUGUUGCGAAGUUACACUGGCGAGCUAAGCCAGGUGCAAGGACAAGCCAAUGUUUGUGUACAGUUCUGUGACAAAUCAGCAGUUCUUCCUUUAUUUCUCACCGGGGAUCGUUCUCCUACAUUGCUGGGACGCAAUUGGAUUCAGCAGCUGGGAAUUGGCAUCGCAGAUGUCCAAAUGAACAAGUGUUCGCUUUCUGAUGUGAAGAGUCUCAUCCACGAAUAUUCUGAGGUAUUCAGUAAUGGUCUGGGGCAGUAUAAAGGUCCAGCAGCCACAAUUCAUGUUCUUGAGGGCUCGUUGCCAAAGUUCUUUAAACCACGACCAUUGCCAUUCGCCUUGAAGGAGGGAGUCACCCAAGAACUUCAAAGAUUGCAGCGGGAUGGAGUGCUGGUCCCUGUGAAGUCAUCAGAGUGGGCGGCUCCUAUUGUCCCUGUACCAAAGAAGGAUGGUCGCGUGAGAGUGUGUGGAGACUUUAAAGUUACCGUAAAUCCAGUGACACAACUUGAGAAGUAUCCAAUUCCACGUAUUGAAGACCUGUGGAAUACACUUUCAGGAGGUGAGAAGUUUACCAAGUUGGACUUAAGGGAUGCAUAA